AUCUGUCCCAUCACUCGAUUUUCUGUACCGUCCGAUUUUUUUGUCUGACGCAUCUGAGCCGUGUCUCUGUUUCUGCGGCUGUUUUAUAUUUGUUUUUCUUUUUUGGUUGUUGGGCCAUCUUUGUCAGUGCGUAGUAUUUGAUUUUUUGGGAAGCGCGCUCAUUUAGGAGGUGUCGGUGGCCAGAUGCUUUUCACUUUCCUCAUUUCAUUUUCACCUUCAUCCUGAAGGCUUCGUUCUCUCAGCGUGCCCAGAUGGCUACUAGAAGACGUAGAGGGUUAGCUGAUUGUAAUAGGGCUUAUAUGGAACCUGAAGAAAAUGAUAGCUCCGAGGCCGCAUCUGAAUCUGAUGAUAUUGAACUGAUUGACUGUGAUGUUGAUUCUGAUGAAAUUGAUGGCUCUUCUUCUAGUGAUGAUGUUGAAUUGAAGCGCGAAUUGUACAAGCAAGUUCUACUAGAUUUCAACAGGAUUAAAGAACUUAAAAGCAAACUUAAGACGUCUUUUAGUCAUCAGAGAAAGAAGAUGAAGUCUUCCAAGAAACCCAAAGAUGUUUUCACAAGAUUUUCUGUUAAAGCUUUUUCCUCAGUCAUAGAAGCUCUUACUCCAGAUGAGAAGAUAGUCAUUGAGAGAUAUGGUUUUGGAGCCCUACUACAUUUUGAUAAGUGUUUUGUCCCGAACAAUUUUGCCAAAUGGGUAGCCAAUCUUGUUGAUUACAAAUCUGGAGAUAUAGUUCUUGAUGGAAAGGUUAUAUCACUGACCAAGGAAUCUGUUCAUUCUGUUCUUGGCCUCCCUAUUGGUGGAUCUGCAUUCCCUUCUGACACUGUCUCAGGCAAAUCUACUGUUCUUGAAAAGAUUGGGAAGUCAUCAAUGCCCUCAGUAACUUUUUUUGUUAAUAAGCUUACCAAGAACAAAGAAAUUCUGCCCGAUGAAGAUUUUUUCAUAUGUUUCAUGCUUGUUGCUCUCAACACAUUCUUGUGUCCGAACUCUUCUGUCUCGCCUAGCCCUAUACAUUUUGGGAUUUUUGCUGAUGUUGAAAGAGCUAAAGAGUUUGACUGGUCAGCAUAUGUUCUAAAUUGGCUAAUUGAAUCUAUCAAGUUGUUCAAAAAAGGUAAAUCUUCUAAAGCAACAGAUUCAACAACACUCGGGGGUUGUCUGUACUAUCUUACUGUCAUGUAUCUUGACUAUGUUGACUUUGGACCUCGUCGUCCCCCUCACACAUUGCCCCGCAUAUCUAUUUGGAAAGGUGAUAUGAUCAAGACUUAUUCUGAUCUUGACCUCAAGUCUCCUGGUUGUUAUGGUUUUCGCCCGUUGCUGGAUUAUUGCGAUACCUGUUAUUCAAAGAAUCCACACCUAUUUGACAAUCCCACGUAUGCUGCCUCCGCUGAUUCUGAGUUUUUGGCCAUGAUUGACUCAGUGUCAAGGUAUAUUGCAUCAGAUGUGAACAAUGGCACCAGAGCAAGCCCCCUAGUUCCUAAUGUUUCAUCUUUGUGCCCAGAAAAGCAACCUUCUGUUCAUACCCAGUUUACUAACAAAAAUUCAAAGCUGCAUAGCGAUCAUGAUGGCCGCUCAGAUUUGAUCCCAUCAUCGUCAAAUCUCAAUUCUUCUCUGUUGAAUCAGGAACAUGUUACCAAAUUUUUGGACAAGUUGACUCGCAUGAGAAAUUCUCCUGCUACUCCUAAAUCAAGCAGUAAAGAUUUUAUACGCCCAGCCAACAGUUGUCCUCCUAGCUGGUUCGCUGAGGAAAAGCUGAGGGUUGCCAAUUCUAAGCUUAGUACCGGCAAGUCAGUCUUCCAAUCUGGUGUUGGGUCUCUUCGGACUGCUCUUCAUGACAUUUCCAAUGGCAAUAUGUUUGGUACUCAACAUUCUCGCAAUCCAACUCCCAACAGUUGCAAUCGUGAUCUUGGCAAAGAUAUCAUCAUGCUUGAAGAUGAUGUUGAAUUUGUACCAGAUUCCUAUUCACCUAAUUCUAGACCUUCUCAGAGUGGAGCUAUGCGUGAUAAGGAGGAUUCUCCCCCUAGAUUUACACCAAAUUUAUCAAGCAAACGCCCAUCUUCUACUUCUAAUCGUAAUGUCUCUUUUGCUUUGCCAUCCAAAACUUUGGAACUACAGAAAUCUCCUGAGGUUCAAGUCUUGAGGGAAGCUACUUUGGCUCAGACUGUUCGCAGUAUGACUAGAAGGUCUGAUGAAAUGUACAAUAAGAAAUUCUCUGCAACGCCAUGUAGCAAGGCAACUCCAGUUUUGUCUACUACCCCUACUGCUCUUGAUGAUGCAUCAGCCAACUCUUCAUAUGGUUUGCCUAGAUAUCAGCAUAGAGAUUCUUCAACUGGUGGCAAAGUUCCAAUUCAUGGUCCCAGAAGAGUUGUUAAGCCUGGCCCUCUCUUCAACGUUGACUUUGAAACAACAAAGAAAAAGAUUUCUGUGUCUAAAUCAGAGUUGAGGAACUAUAAAGCUAUAUGCAAUCUUGCCACUUCCCAGUUCAGCAAUGAGGAUGCAGUUUCAAUUGCUAAAGUUCGUUGCACUUUUUGGUCUCCUGGAGAAUCUUUGAAACCAGGCGGAUUAGUCAAUUCCUUUGUAGUUUCAGCAUUUUGCUACAGUCUUUACAUGAAUCCAGCCGGGGCCCCAGAUGUCUCCAAGUCUCAUUAUUUUUUUGCCAACAUUGGUGAGAACUUGCACAAGGAUUUUGAUGAUGCCAACCAAGAUACCAUAGCUCGUGCUUUCAAAAGAUCCUCGAGGAGUAGACCUCUUAAUCAUUCCAACAAUUUGUACUUCCCAAUUUGCAUCAAUGACCAUUGGUUUGUAUUUGUGGUUGAUAUUAAAGAUCGCAAGUUUGUCUUUUUGGAUUCUUUAUACCACAAAGAUCAUGAAUUUCAGGAAAUUGCAAGAGAUCGAUUGAUUCCUUCCUUUCAACUUUACUGGGAUAGAUUUGUGCAAGUUGGAAUGGGUUUUGAUGAGUAUGAGGUCUUGUAUCCUGAUGUGCCCCUUCAACCAUCAGAUAAUAUUGCUGAUUCUGGCAUUUAUGCGAUGAUGUUUCUUCAAUGUUGGAAGUCUCCAAGAUCUGUUUUGCGCAACAUAUUUGAUUCUUCUGACAUUCCAAUUAUAAGAGUUAAAAUUGCCAAUGAUCUACUAUUUCUCCCUGGAAAUUCUGGAAUGAAAAAUCGUGUUAUCGAAUAUGAGUUCUAAGGAAGGCAAGCAUUGAAGAUCAGCAGCUUUCAUCGCCUCAACAUCAACUCGAAGCUCAAGAAACAUGUUUUAGCUUACAGAUCACACUGAAAACUAUAGUAGCAUAGUACUAGUACUGUUUCCAGUUCGGAAAUCGCAGAAUCUGGAAUACUAGGUCUUGAAUACUUUUUGUAAUAACAAACAGUACUUCUCCUCAAUUACUGUUGAAUACUACUUCACAAACAUUAUGACCUUUA